AUGGCUGCGGAUCCACCGGUUGCAUCUGAUUACCAGACGCCGUCCGGGUCGCCCCGCCAAGAUACGGGUCGGUUCGCCAGUAGCCCGAUCCACAAGCUCAGACAAAUAAUAGUAAGGAAUCAUCGUCACAGCCCCUUCAUAACCACACACACACACACAACCCAGAGAGAUACAGGGCAUGAUUGCGGAAGUCUUCGGGAUAGAGCAGCGGCGAAGGGGCGGUGGUGGGCGGUUAGAUCUGAAUCGUCUAUAUCGGAGGUCGUUGAACCACGGUGGAGAUUAGGCGUUCGCGGCGGGGAUGGAUGGAUGGGAGAAGGCGAAGUGGCGAAGGGGCGAGGAGGUAUCAACCACGCCAUGGCUGCGGAUCCACCGGUUGCAUCUGAUUACCAGACGCCGUCCGGGUCGCCCCGCCAAGAUACGGGGCUUGCAGUGAGAGGCAAACAGCCCUUUGAGAAACUCCCAAUUCCUCACAGUGAAGUCCUCAUUCUUGUUGUCUGA